CGGGUUGCGCCUUAGGGUUUUAAAACAUUGAUUUUAACCCAAAAGAAAAGAACUUAUUUCCAGAUUAGGAUAUACCAACUUCUGUCUGCUGUUUAUGGGAUCAUCAUCUUCUUCUUCUGUCAGGUGUUCCUGUUAUGUUGUUUUAGUUUUGUUUCUGUUCUAAUUUCUGAUAUAGAUAGCCUUCAAUUAAGAUUUCAUUUCAGGGUUUUGCUUAAUUGAGAUGUAGGAAUGAAUAUGGGGGACAAUAUUGAAGAUUGAAACUUGGCUCAGGGACUGGUUAAUCUUUGGAGGUGUAUAAAAAUAGGAUUAUAGCAAAUGUUGUCCCAGAAAUUGAUGUAAAAAAGAGAAAUUGAAAGUUAAUUUUAUUCACAGGGUAUUAAAACUUGAAAAUUUGGUCGAAAACUGUUACCUCAGUGACUACUGCAAUGCAGAGAUACAUUCCUAAGUCUGAUAAUAUAUACAGAAUAGAAAGUUGAUGUUGUAAAUUAUUAUGGAUAUAUCAUGUAAAUUAUUGUAUAUUAGAAGAUGCUUUCCUCUUUCCUAGUUUUAGGGGAUCCAUGUUUUAAGGAGGACUUUAAGGGUCCUUGUUUUAUGGAGGAUUUUAGGCUAUAUGUUCCUUGCCUUCCACUAUAUAUGUAAUCCAUUUCUCAUCCAUGGAUGAUAGAGAAAACAGAAAAUACUACACUCCCUCUCUGCAUCAAAACUCUCUCUCUCUCUCUCUCAAGUUCUUUGAAGCAAAACUCUCUCCAUUUUCUGAAACAUUUCCAUUUUACAACACGUUAUCAGCACGAAUAGCUCUAGGAUUCGGAUUGCAGAUUGAUAAGAGAAGAGGUGAAUAACUCUUGGGUUGCAGAGAAGAGGUAGUUCAUCAUUCAAUCAACAUCAGUCUACAAGCUCUACAACCAAAGAAUGUCAAAUCUCAACAAGCUUGACUUUGUUGCUUUGGAAGUUUCCGGAAGGAACUAUCUCAAGUGGACCCAAGAUGUCAAGCUUCAUCUGACUGCAAAUAAGAUGAGAUCAACGAUUAUUGCUGACAACAUCACCCCUGAAGACAUGAAGGCAAGGGCUAUGAUUUUCAUCAGGAAACAUAUGGAAGAAGCACUCAAGGUGGAAUAUUUAGCUGAAGAGGACCCACGAUCUCUUUGGGUCGCUCUAGAAGAGCGAUUCAACCAUCAAAGAGCCAUCUACUUGCCGGAAGCAAGACACGAUUGGCAGAACAUACGCUUCCAGGAUUUCAAGACUGUCAAUGAGUAUAACUCUGAAAUCUGCCGGAUUCGGUCACUCCUAAAAUUCUGUGGAGAAGAGCUCACAGAAGCUGACCUACUGGAGAAAACUUUCUCCACCUUCCCUCCUUCCUGUAUGGUCCUGCAGCAACAAUACAGGGAAAGAAACUUUGCUAGAUUCUCUGAAUUAAUCACCAUCCUGUUGCUCGCUGAAAAGAACAACAACCUACUUUUGAGGAAUGAUCAAGCAAGGCCCACCGGUACUAGAGCAAUUCCUUUGCCUGAAGCAAAUAUUAUUGCCCAUCACGAAAAUAAUCGUGGAAGGAGGAACCGGGGCCGUGGAAGGGGAAGAAGGUCUGAACGUCCAAGGCAUGGACGAAGAAAUGGACCCAGAAAUGGCCCAUAUGACCGCGACCACCCAGGCAAUGGCCCAAGGGGUCGAGGAGGACGUGGACAAGGCCCACGUGGUGGAAACCGAAAUGCCCAAGUCCGACAGGCUCAAAUUAGAGAGAACCCUGGUCCGGCCCGUCGCCCUCAAAAUCAGCAUAAUCUAUGUUAUAGAUGUGGAGGCACUGACCAUUGGUCCCGCACCUGUCGUGCAACAGAUGAAGAGAUAGGAGAGUAUCACGCCAGACGCGGAACUCAAGAGGCCAACCUUGUGGAAGAGUCAGUCCCUAUGGAUACCACCUUGGAGAUUACUGAUUUCCAAGCAGCUAUGGAUACCACCUUGGAGAUUACUGAUUUCCCUAUGGAUACCACCUUGGAGAUUACUGAUUUCCAAGCAGCUAAUGGAUACAUCGAGGAUUGAAAACUCGAGGACAUGGA